AUGCGCGCGGGGGUCUACACGGUGCACCAGGCGCUGUCCGCCGACGCGGCCGCGGUGCUCAAGCUGGCCCUGGCGCUGGCGCGCUGCCGUGGACACGCGCAGCUCACGCCGCUGCACGUCGCGUUCACGCUGCUGAGGAGCUCCUCCUCGUCGUCGGACCCGGCUCCGUUCGCUUGCUCCGGGGACGCGUCGUCGUCGUCGUCGUCGUGCUGCGCGUACGGCCUCCUCAGGCGCGCCUGCGUCAGGGCGCACCCGGCCGUGGCGGCGUGCGCGGCGGCGGCGAUGGCGUCGCACUCGCACCCGCUCCAGUGCAGGGCGCUCGAGCUCUGCUUCAACGUCGCGCUCAACCGGCUCCCCACCGCCAAUGCGAUGCCCGAAGGCGGGCGGCUGUGCUCGCCGGCGUCGUCGACGUCCACCCUCUCGGCGUCGCUCGCCCAGCCGCCCGACCCGACGCUGUCCAACGCGCUCGUCGCCGCGCUCAAGCGCGCUCAGGCGAACCAGCGGCGCGGCUGCAUCGAGCUCCAGAGCCUGCAGGCGCAGCAGCAGAGCUCGCAGCAGCCUCUUCUCGCGAUCAAGGUGGAGCUUGACCAGCUCGUCAUCUCCAUCCUCGACGACCCCAGUGUGAGCCGGGUCAUGCGGGAGGCCGGCUUCUCUAGCGCCGCCGUGAAGACCAGCCUCGAGGAGGAGGGCGCCAUGCUCCCGAGCAUCGGCCACCACAUCUGUUACUCGUCCUCCUCCCCUGCCUCCUGCGUCUCGCCUGUCUUCUCCCACGAUCCGCACAUUGACUUCAACGCCAGCGGCGCCGGCUCGUCGUGGCCGGCGCAGUUCUUGCACCAUCCUGGCACCGGCUCGUCGUGCGAGGAGGACGUGAGCGCUAUCUUGGAGGUGAUGAUGCGGAAGCAGGGGGCAAGAACCAACCCUGUAGUCGUCGGUGACUCGGUGUCCGUCGCCGACGCGUUGGUCGCCGAGCUCAUGAGGCGGCUGAAUACGGGCGACGUCCCGGACGAGCUGCGGGGCGUGCACGUCCUGAGCCUCCACCUCUCCUGCGUCCAUCUCCGUCUCAUGACCCGCGCCGACGUGGACGCUCAGGUGGCCGAGCUACGCCGGACCGCGAACUCCAUCGCCGAUGACAAAGCGGCCGGCCUGGUCAUCUACGUCGGCGACCUGCGCUGGGCCAUCGACGACGACGGCGACCAAGCCCUGGCAGACCACUCCACCUCCGAGGACCACAUGGUCACCGAGCUGGCACGCCUGCUCGCCGAGCUCCGCGCCGCGUCGCGCGGGCGCGCCUGGCUCGUGGCGGCCGCGAGCUACCAGACGUACAUGCGGUGCCAGCAGCGGCGGCGGCGGCGCGCGGCGCCGUCCCUGGAGGCGGCGUGGUCACUGCAGCCCGUGGUCGUCCCCGCCGACGCCGGCACCAGCCUGGCCCUCGGCCGCCGCGCCCCUCUGGCUCCAGCUCCAAGCCGCGAGGGAGAAGAUGGCAAGACCACCAAGCUUGGUGAGAUCUCCAUGGUGGAUGUUGCAUCUGGAGAAGACGGUGGCGUGCCGGCCUUUUGCGCGGACUGCGCCGACGGCUAUGAGAAGGAAGCAUCGCUGGUGAAGGCGAAGGCAGAGGGCACCACCCUCGCCCUGACCUAUUUCCCCGGAUGGCCACAGGCAAACGAGCCCCUGACAUCACACAAGGCUGAGCUGAUGGAGCUGAGGAGGAAAUGGGGCAGCCUGUGCCAGAGGGUUCACUGCCACAGGCUCAAACAUCAGGCCUCCAUUGCGUCGCCAUUGCCAUGGUGGUGCACCUCGGUGGGUCGCCGCGACGUCGAGGAGCGUGCUGAGUGGAAUCCGACCUCUCCCGGGCUACGCUUAAGCUUUGGCACGCCGGCCGGUCAUGGCCGCAGCGAGAGCGCCGACGAACAGGGUCAGAGUGCUGGUACUGCACUGAGCCUCCUGCUUCCGGACUCUGCUGCGACGGCGGCGGCGACGACGUGCCACGACACUUGUGCUCGCUGGAGCGACGGAGGAGUGGACGGCGAGCGGGCGGUGCAAGGAUCGGAUGCUCAUGCUGCCGCCGACGACGCGGUGAGCACCGGGCGGCGGCUGUGGCUGGAUGACCUGCUGCUGUCCGGCGAUCUCCAGAGGAAGGCAGAGGAGGAGAACAUCAUCCAGCUCCCGGGCGGACCCAAGCGUCGGAGAGGCAAUAUCAGCCUCGACCUGAACCUCUGCGCCAGCACCGGCGACGAUGACGACGACGGUGGCGACAGCGAGGAGGAGGAGGCGGCUCCGAGUGACUUGACUAAUGAAGGCGGAAGCGACGGCCUCGACAGCCACGAGUAGGGCACGGCACGGCCGCCAUCACCGCGAUGGCGGCGCGGCAGUGAGAGUGAGAGCCCCGGAAGGUCGACGAAGUUCCAAGUGGUCAGGUGGUUGGAAUGGCAGGUUCAGCUUGCAGAGAUUCAAACUAUGAAAUUGGCGGGAAGGUGGGAAGGGAGCUGGCAGGGUAAACUAGUCCCCUCCUACCCGCGAGGAUCCAUGGAGGCAUGGACUGAACUGAAUUGUUCUCAUGGGCUCCAAAUUUUUUUCCUCUUCCUUUUCUCCUGAGUACUUUCUAUCUUUUAAAAUUAGUUUCUCUCUAUAUUUUGUAUGUAAAAGAUUGUUUACUGCAAUAGUAUUGGCAUCUUAGUCGUUCCCUUUGUUCAGAUUUUUGCUGCUCGCUUUGUUCUAGGUCAGUUCUGGCCUGCCUUCUUUG